AUGGCCUCCAAAGUUGUACUCUAUUUUGCAAUCGAUAAUUUAUCACCCUGGUCAAUUCAUCCAGCAUGUCAUGCGUCAGCGCUUUACCUUUUCCCAGUACCUCAACUCCGGAAUGAAACACUCCUUGGGAAGAAGAAGAGUGAGGGCAUUGCAAAGACAUCCGCGGAGCUUAGAUCGCUAACAGAAGAGAAAGAAAAAGUACCGGAAUCUGUUCGCUGCACAGGGGAACUUCUUCCUUUCUGGAACUCAUAUUUCUUUGAUGCUGUUGGAGUUGUUCGAGGAAAGACGGUUUUUCAGAUUGCAAAGCACAUAUACCUUUUAUUUAGAGUUGCCGUUCACGUGGAAGAUAAAAAAGGAAGAUGUGUUAUUUUUAAUUAUUUUGAUAGUUUCAAUUAUAGCUUCUUGUUGAAGAGAAAGGGAUCAUGA